AAACAAAGAUGAAGACAGUCAUCGUCGCCGUUGUUGCCCUUGCUGCCGUUGCCACAUCACUCCCGAGGGCGAAGCGAGCAGCUUACGAACUGCCCGACGGCGUUGAGUUUCUGGUGGGUCCCGUCAAGACUUCCUUCCAGUGCCCGGCACGUGUGGGCUACUUCGCUGACGUCGACAACAACUGCCAGAUCUUCCACGUUUGCAAUCCAGUGCCAAAGGAUGACGGCUCCGUUGAAGUCCAGCAGUACAGCUUCUUGUGCGGCAACCAAACCGUCUUCAGCCAGUUCAGCUUAACUUGCACUCUGCCAGAAGACGCUGUCCCGUGCAGGAGCUCUCCAGACUUCUUCUAUCUGAACGACAAGAUUGGCCAGGAAAAGGUUGACUUCCACGACGAGUCCGACGUGCAGAGGGCUGUCCCACUCAUCCCACGAUACCAGCAGGCUGCCGCCACGAAUGUCAAGGAAGUCAGAGUUCCUUUCUUCAAGGCUUAGAUGAUUCAGUAACCGGACAUUUUCCAACAGUGCCGUUGGGUGUAGCUUUGUAACAUAAUGUUGGGCAUCGGUGUAUACUCAGUCUAUUCCUGCACCCCUUGAGCAGCUAUGUCCGUUGCUCCUCGAAGAGUAGCCUCCUGUCUCCCUGGCGUGUCUAUCGUUAUCUUCAAGUUGAGGCACCAUUAUCUGUGUCUCUUUCUCUAGAAAUCCUUAAGCUCAUCUCUCUUUCUUUCUGAACUCUUCACAAACUUAGGGUUACCUUU